GCCUCUGUGUGUUCAUUAUCGCGUACGCAGCCACGGUGAUUCCCUUUCUUUUCACGCGUGCAACACUAACGAGAUGGAAAGUUAAUGGCUGAUGUAGUUGUAAUUUACGCGAAUUGCGUGGAAACAGCGUCUUUGCGUGACAAAGAUAAAUCCGGCCACCCCGUAACGCGACACGCCGAUAACAGUUGGUUCUUUCGUGCCACUUUCGCGCAGAAUUUUUAUUUCGAGCCGCGCGAAGGAGAAGAGGGACAGAAAAAGAUAGCUGGUCAGCCGCAUUGGCGUAUUUCAUCUCUUAUCUCGAUCCAGUGCCGGACCGGUUUUAAUUCGAAUGAAAAUGCCGUGGCAAAGGGAGAGGGGAAAAAAAAGAAAGAAGAAAAACAUAGCACACUGGAAUAGGGAAAAUCCUCUGGCUUAUUUACAAACGAACAAAGGGGAACGAGGUGGCGAUGAUGAUAACUUUAACGCAGACGAAGCAAUAGUAAAAAAUAUAUUUGUGAAAGCAUUAGAGAAUAAAUCUUCUCUUUAAUGAAGUUGAAUUUUACAUGCAUAUAUUUUAAAUCAUAGUCAGAUGGUUAUCAGAUAUGUAGUAUGAUCUUUUUACAGCCAGAUAAGUGAAACAAGAUAGUCAAGAUAGUUAGGCACAUAAUCCAUAAUUGGCAAGCAAGUAGAAGAUCUAUAUCAGGCAGUGUAGUCAACCAAUCUAUAUUAAUAAUAUAAGAGAAUUAUGAUUGAAUAAAUGAUAAAGUCAUAGUUAGAGAAAUAAUAAAAUGAAAUAUAAUCAGUAUAAAUAAAAAAAAUAAUAGUUGUAAACAGUAAUAUAU